AUGAAGAUCUACGCCAUCAAGAUACCUGAUCAACCGAUCCCCAACGAGACCUUUGAUAAAUUACUGCUACUGAUGGAACCACAAGGUCGAGAACGUAUAAAGCGAUUUCGCCUAUGGGAUGAUGCGUUACGCUCGUUAGUAGCUAGAUUAACGAUGACUUGGUUUUUGACCUUCAAGGGGUUAUUGAUGGAUGACAAAUUACCAACGUUUGGAAGGAAAGGUAAAGGGAAACCUAUCUUGGCUACACCUACCCUCGACCCCCCUUUGGAAUUCAACAACACACAUGAAUCAGCCUACAUACUCUUCGCAGUCCUUCGAUCUCCCUCACCCCUAGCUUGCGUGGGUAUAGAUAUCAUGUCACCUGUAUCUGAUCCAGUGGAUACUCAAGAAGGUAUAUCCGAUCAGCUUACGCUCAGGGAGAAAUUAUCCCUGGCAGGAAAGAUGAGUGAUCAAGAGAGGAAUAAGAGAUUGAUGAAUCUCUGGACGCUGAAGGAAGGAUAUACGAAAGCUAUUGGAGAAGGGAUAACAUUCGGAUUGGAGAGGAUAGAAGUUAUAUUGGAUGAUCAGGGUGAUGUACAGUGUGUGAAAGUUGAUGGGAAGGAUUCGGAGGAUAUUGGUUGGAAUUAUAGACUAGGGAAUGUAGAGGGGAAUAGAUGGGCGGUAUGGUGGAGAGGUGAUGAUGCUGAGGAAGAAGGAGGGGUGGAAGUUGUCGAUGUGGGAUGGGAGAAAUUUGAGAAGCCGUUGGUGGAUUUGGUAAUUAAGUUGGGAUUGCAGAAUGGACAAGAUCAUGUAUAG